AUGCCAAGGUCAAAACGCUCUAAGAUCGUAUCUUUGACGAAGGUCGCGAAGAAGGGGAGGGAACACAAAAACGCGCUUCUGCAAGAGGUGCAAGAAAAUGCCGAUAAAUGGCAGUAUUGCUGGCUCUUCGAGGUCGGCAACAUGCGGAAUUCGCAUCUGAAGACGGUGCGCAAACUCUGGAAAGACUCCGCGCGGAUAUUCUUCGGUCGCGGAGCCCUCGCCGCGCACAUCAAAGGCCAGGUCGGGCUCCUCUUCACGGACUCGCCCCCCGCCGAGGUGCGCGCGUGGUUCGCGGACUUCCGGCAGGCGGACUUCGCGCGCGCGGGGAACGUCGCCGCCCGCACCGUCGUUCUCCCCGCCGGGCCCGUCCUGCAGCGGCACGCGGACCCGCCGGAGCCGUUCCCGCACAGCGAGGAGCCGCAGCUGCGGCGGCUCGGGCUGCGCACGCGCAUGGAGCGCGGCGUGCCGACGCUCGACGUGCCGCACACGGUGUGCGAGGCGGGGAAGACGCUCGCGGCGGAGCAGACGCAGCUGCUGAAGCUCGUCGGGGAGCGCCUCGUCACGUUCCGCGUCGGGCUGAGGAUGUGGUGGGCGGCGGAGACGGGCGAGGUGACGGAGGAGGCGCAGGAGCCCGAGGAGGCGGACGCGGAGGCGGUGGAGGGCGAGGACGGGGACGGGGACGGGGACGGGGACGAGGAGAUGAGCGAGUGA